AUGGUGGAGUCCAAGAAGCACGAACUAAAAGACGCCAACGAAAAAAAGCGUGUCAAAAGACGGAGAAACUAUGACGAACACGAUAAAGAAGUUACAGCAGAAGACUCCAAGGCGAAAAGCAGUGGGAAGAAAGACGUCAAGGAUACGGAAGACAGUAGCGAUGAGAGCGAAGAUGACGAGAAAUUGGACUUAAUGCUAAAUAAGGAAGACGAAGAUGACGACGAUUUGGCGGAAAUCGAUAGCACUAAUAUCAUCACCGGUGGACGCCGUACUAGGGGAAAAGUGAUCGACUACAAAAAAACGGCAGAAAAACUGGACAAGGAGGCAGGAAAGGAGGCAUUGCCUGAGGAGGACACCGAAGACGGUGAAAUACCGGCCAAGACAUCCCCAGAAGGUCAAAAUGGAAACGAAAAUGGUGACGAGGACGAGGACGAGGACGAGGAUGAUGGAGAUUUCAAGGAACCGGAAAAAUAG